UUGGAAAUACAAAUGACUUGAGAUGGGUCCUAUGCCCCGUCAGUUCUAGCUCUGACAUUUCCUGAGGCGUCAGGGAUUCGUCCGUUGUCUGUCAGUGUCUGGGUGAGACGGUAUCGCGCAACUUCAGCCCCCAGGUCACCGAGUCGCCCCAGCACCCUGGCAAACAGAAAGAUUAUCUUCCGGACGGCUGGGAUCAUGGAUCAUGAAUGGGCAAAGAGAAAAGCCAAUCCAGGUCCCCUCUAUCAGUGUUCCUCGCUUGGAACCUCUUGCCCAGGCCACACGACAAACACACUGCUGUUGCUGGCCAGCUGCUGCUGGUCGAAGCUUGAGCCGCCCUGUUGCGUACGAGAACUGUUUACAGGUAAUUGUCCAAUAUUAGCGAGCAACAGUUGCCGAGGUAGCAAAAGCAACAAAAUCAUCUCGUUCACCACUCUCAGUGCACACCUAGGUAGGAGUCUAGGACAUCAUGGUCUUGGAGAAUGCGACGCGGGCGUUAUCGUAGUGGCCCAGGAUUCUGAUAACGAUAAGGUACCUAUGAACUUUGUGUCGGAGAUAAUUUUGGCGUCACCUUGCGGAGACACAACGCCGUGACUCCCCUUAAGGUGACUGCUAAACCUGCUAGUGGGUGAAUAGAGAAUGGCAGCGUCACACACAUGCCCACCACACCCCCAGUCCACCGGCGGGCAUCUUCCAAUCUGCGUCGAGAUAUUUUCAACAACCCAACGAGCGCUGCUUCGCAAUCUUUUAUUUUAAACUUUCCUUCGGAGGUUUACUCGCAUUCGGUGUCUUUUACAAAUCUGCACAACUACGACGUAGCAUGCACACAUAGCAUCACCGAUCAAUCAUGAAGCUCGUUCCAACCAAGGCGUCGACCGACAUUGGCGAAGAUGCCGUUACUCUCCUACCUGAGGACUCAGAGGACAUGUGGCAUGCCUACAACCUCAUCAGCCCCGGCGACCUCGUCAUGGCGCAUGCCGUGCGGAAAGUCGUACAAGAGACCAAGACCGGCAGCACCAUUUCCGAGCGAGUCCACACCGUCCUUGCGAUCCAAGUCAAGAGCACCUUCUUCGACCCCAUCGUUGGCCAACUUCAGGUCAGCGGCACCGUCAAAUCCGAGAAUGCCUACGUCAGCCUCGGCCAAUACCACACUCUCGAUCUCGAGGUCUCGCGCCCCUUCACGAUAAGCAAACCAGAGGGCUGGGAUUCGGUCGCCAAGGAUACACUGUCCGAGAGUCUGUCGGACGACAAGGACGGCGCCAUGGCCGCCGUUGUCAUGCAGGAGGGCAUCGCCAACAUUUGCCUCAUCAGCCAGUUUCGCACUGUCAUCAAGCAGCGCGUCGAGAGCGUCAUCCCCAAGAAGCGAAGCGCCGCCUCCGAAACAUCCCAGGGAAUGAGGCGCUUCUACGACAAGACCCUGACCGCCCUUCUCCGAACCGUCAACUUUGACACGCCGAGGCCGCUCCUGCUAGCGAGUCCGGGAUUUGUCGCGGCCGAUUUCAAAAAGUAUAUUGCGGACGAGGGAAGAGACAAGUCGGACAAAAAGCUGUCAGGGAUCGCCAAGGAGGCUAUCGUUAUCCAUACAAAUUCGGGCCAUGUACACAGUCUAAACGAGGUCUUGAAGAGCCCGGAGAUGGGCACCAAGCUGAAGGACUUCAAGUUUACAAAGGAGACCAAGUUGAUGGAUCAGUUUUUUGACAGGCUACGACUAGAAGACGGACGGGCGUGGUACGGAGCCUCAGCUGUGGCCAAGGCCGUCAACGAGGGUGCCAUCGGCCCCGGCGGCGGCGUCCUGAUCAUGAACAACUCCUUGUUCCGCAGCUCUGACAUCCCGACGAGGAAAAAGUACGUGGCGCUGGUGGACAAGGUAAGGGCAGACGGUGGCGAAGUCAGAAUCCUUAGCAGCGAUCACGAAAGCGGCCAGAGACUCGACAUGCUAGGCAGCAUCGCCGCCAUCCUGUCAUACCCGAUCCACGAUUUGGACGAGGACGAGGACGAGGACGACGGGCAGACAGCAGCCGGAGAUGCGGGCGGAGAGACAAUUAUAUGAACCAAUGAUACCUUUGAAAAAUUCUCAAUACAAAGAACUUCUUGAAAUUCCCCAGAUCAAAUUGAAGUUGCAAUGCCAGC